AUGGCUCCUCUCCGAUCAUCAGGAUGUGGUGACCAUCGUCGUAGUCCUGAGGUGGUUUUGGUUCGUUCUUCAUUGAGUUGGUUGGUGUUUGUUGUUGCAGCGUGUUCCUUGGUCAUCUUGAAUGAGUCAUUGGUGACGGGACAUGUGAUUCGAGGAGGAGGAGCAGAGCAACGAAAUAAUGAACGACGACCAACUCUUUCACCACUUUCCAAAACAACAGUUCGAAAAGAAUCAUCAACAACAGCUUUAAAUGAUCGUCCGAUCAUUGGAAUAUUAGCACAGCCAACGGGUAGCAAAGAGCAUGGAGAAAGUUACAUUGCUGCUUCGUAUGUGAAAUGGAUUGAAGGCAGUGGUGCAAGAGUCGUUCCAAUUCCAUACGAUUUACCACAACCAAUCCUACAAUAUUUGUUUAAUUCGUUGAAUGGGUUGUUAUUUCCUGGAGGAGGUACCAAUAUCAAGCAUUCAAAGUAUGCAGAUGUGUUAAAAUUCUUUUUUGAAAAGACGAUUGAAGCCAAUUCUAGAGGAGAAUAUUUUCCAUUAUGGGGCACGUGCUUGGGAUUUGAGUCUUUGAAUAUUUUGGCAGCAGAAAACAAUGAUGUAGUGAAUUAUGGAUUUGAUUCAGAAGAUCUGAGCUUGUCUUUGAAAUUUGUGAGCGAUUUUAAAAAUUCGAGAUUAUUUGGAAGUGCAGCCCCCAAUGAGGUUGUAGAAAUACUUGCAAAACAAAAUGUGACUAUGAACAACCAUAUGGCAGGUGUCACUCCAAAUGAUUACGAUAGAAAUGAGAAGCUAAGAAACUUUUUUAAAAUAUUAUCCCUCAAUGCAGACAGAAAAGGAAAAGUAUUUGUCUCAACAAUUGAAAGCUUUAAUUUUCCAAUUUAUGCAACUCAAUACCACCCUGAAAAAGUUUAUGAAUUUAACUAUGAGGCCAUUGACCAUUCUUAUGACAGUUUGAUUGCAAACGAAUACUUUGGAAGAUUUUUUUCCAAAAUUUACUUUCCCUCACAUUAG